AUGGCGGAGGAUAUCGUAGCACUCGUUAACGCUCUAUCGUCUGAUGAUCUAUCUAUCAAACUCCGGUCCGUUGAGUCGGCGUCUUUGAUCAAACUAGGAUUUAAAAAACUCUUCUCGAUUCUCAAACAAUCGGUCAAACCGAUUGAUUAUGAGAACAGUACGGGAGACCGUAAACUAGGGCUAGAAGUUUUGGAUCAAGCUCAGAUUCACGCCUUGGCUUCUGUCUCGCUUGCCGUUGUUAAUGCUUCGAGAUUGUUACCAAUUGAGCAAGUGGAGCCAGUAGUGGUAGCGGUGCUUCAACAGUCGAUUGAGUUUGCGCUGUGUUAUUUGGAGAAAUCCGUCCGCAACAGUGAUGAUUCGAGUCUUCACAACAUUAUGGUACAGCUGUUGGAGGUACUAUUAGUAGAUUCAAUGGAUAAGGAGUUGGAUCUGUCACAGUCUUGCUCUACAAAAAUUCUUGUGGACUUGUUACCGAACGUUGUUGAUCAAGAUGAUACAAUUGAGUGGCAUGACUAUGUGAAGUGCUUGCUUCAAGGGGAUAAAUGCUCCAAGGAAUUGGGAGCAGAUGAUUGCCUUGUAAUGACAUUGGUUUCUGAGCGCAUGCAAGUCUUUAAUACGAAUUCACUUAGUGGACAGUCUUUUCACGGCAGUCUUAAUAAGGUCAUUACACUCUCUCAGCAUUGGGCUACAGUUCAUUUGAGAUGCAUCCAACAUCUUAUUUUAAUCUGUAGACAGCUUUUAGAACUCCCCCAUUCAUUUGAUGAGAAAACAGAAUCUCUCAAUUUGCGGAAGAGAUUGUCUUUUUGUGUGAGAAUAUUCAAGUUACUGGGAAGUCUUGUGAAAGAUAAUCCAUGUGUUGACACUGAUGGCUCAUUGUUGCGAGCCGCUGCUUCCUUUAUUGAUAUAUUGCCUAGUUUGUUCAGGAUUAGUAUUGAGUUUGCAAACAACAAUGCUGUUGCUGAAAGUAGCCCUGAGAGUUUGGCCGUGCUAUUGUUGGAAGAAUUUCUCGAAGUCACGGGGGUAAUUUUCUGCAGGAAUUACGUGUUUCAGAACAUGCAAGCAUGCAUAAUAGCUUCCAUAUUGGAUGCACUGGAUUCUAACGUCUGGAGGUACAAUAAAUCUGUUGCUAAUCCUAAGGUCCCUUUGGCUUACUUUCCUCGGGUGGUUGUUUGUAUUCUUAAACUCAUUGUGGAUUUGAAGAACCAACCAUAUCAUAAUUUCAAUUUGAAUGAGCUGAAGAUAGGUCAAACUGAUAGUCGUGCUGGUGUCGAUUCUCCUUCAUGCCAAGUUCGAUCUGAGGAACUUUUUCUGCUGAAAAAAUACUCUAUCGAGGAGUUGCUAAGGACGAUAUUCCCUCCUUCAAGUCAGUGGCUAGAUAAUCUGAUGCAUCUUGUUGUCUUCUUUCAUUAUGAGGGUGUUAAAAUGAAACCACUUUUGGAAAGAUCGUGUUCCAGUGGUACAAAAACAUCUGUCAUGUAUGAAGCAGAAAAUGCUGUUUGUCAUGAAGAUGAAGCCCUUUUUGGCGAUCUUUUCUCUGAAGGUGGCCGCUCUGUUGGAUCUGCAGAUGGGCUUGAACAAUCUAAUGCUGCCGCUAGUUCUAGUUCCAGUUUCAAUAACAUUCCAGUUCAAUCUGCAACAGAAUUACUAAACUUUCUGAAAAGUUGUGUUUUUUCUCCUGAAUGGCAUUCUCCAGUGUAUGAAGACGCAUGCAAAAAGAUUGACGAGAACCAUGUUGAUACAUUGCUUUCUGUACUUAAUUGUCAGGGCUGUUAUUCUGAAGAUAAAACUUGUGACAAUGGGCUAACUCCACCUGAACAGAGGAAAUUUGGGCACGUCCAUGAACUGUGCUUUGAACUAUUGCACAACCUCCUUUCACACCAAGCUUUAUCUGAGUCUCUUGAAGAGUCUAUUGUUGAGAAGAUAUUGAUUGUUGAGAAUGGUGCCUAUAUAUACAAUGAUCAGACACUUGCUUUGCUUGCCCAUGUUCUUUUGUGCCGCUCGGGUUCAGCUGGUACUCACUUAAGGACCAAAAUCUACAAGAUAUUUGUAGAUUUUAUCCAUGGUAAGGCAAAAACAGUUGGUUCAGGCUGUCCUGGCCUCAAGGAACUCCUUGACGAUCUUCCAUCUCCAUUUCACAUUGAGAUUCUUCUAGUGGCAUUUCAUUUUUCAUCUGAAGAGGAGAAGGCUGAGCUUGCAAAGACAAUAUUUUCUUCACUUAGAUCAAUUGAGAUUCCCUCUGCAGGUUUUGACAGCAUGCAGUUGUCAUGCUGGGCUUUAGUGAUUUCAAGGUUGGUUUUAGUACUUCGUCAUAUGAUUUAUCAUCCACGCGCUUGUCCGUCAUCAUUGCUUUUGGACUUCAGAGCCAAAUUAAGGGAAGCCCGGGAGUUACACAUGCCUAAUAAUCUAAGUUACCUGUCAUCUUGGACUGCUGCUAUGUUCAAGGAUGCAACAAGUGUGUCGGUAAAAGAAACACCUGGCAACAUUUUGCUUUAUCAAUUGAUUGAUAUUGCACCACUUCCUGCUUCAGUAUGUAGAGAUCAUCCUGGAGUUGAUUGCUUGGGUUUAAUUUGGGGGGAGAUAUGUACCUCUUUUUCAUGGAUUCUUGGAUUUUGGAAGGGCAAAAAAGCUGUGAAGGCAGAGGACCUCAUUACUGAACGGUAUCUUUUUGUGCUUUGCUGGGAUAUUCCAAUUCUUGAACCUUCUCAAGAAAAGUGGCGAGCUCGCUUCAGUGACCCUAAUGUUUCAGAUAUUUUAAAUAUGGAACAUUUUCAUUAUUUUAGUCAUUCAGUCUUGGGUCACUCUGCUACUACCGGCAAGUAUUCUGAUAUUCCAGAUGUGAUGUUGGGUUUGCUUCAGCACUUGAAUGCUCUGCUCACAUCUGAGGAUGUCAGGGAACUAGGCUGGGAUUUUCUGAGGUGUGGGUCUUGGCUCUCUUUUGUACUCGCAUUACUUGGUACUGGCUUCUUGGAGCACCACAAGAAGUUGGAUUCUAUGCCGAUGGUGAGUUCCAAUUGGCCUGUGUACACAUCUGGAGAUGCUGAGUUUUUUGAUUUCAGUAAAGGCCUCAUUUCCAAUGCCUUCACAGUAAAUCAACUUGCAGUGGUAGUUCAUAUAUUGUCAUCUUUGUUGAAGCAAUACUUGGGAUUCUAUCAAGGAGCUUUUACUUCAAUCUUCGAGAAUGGCCCUCACUCUAGUGAUACACUUUCUCCUCUGUUGCUUCUCAAAUAUGCUGGUUUUGACAAAAGUAUGCAGGACGAAUUCCUUGAGAAAAUGGGGAUCAAUCCAUGUCAGUUGGAGUCUUUAUAUGAGCUUCUGUCCAAGUCUGGCAGAACUGUUGACAAAAUGGCUGUAGGAAUUCGGUCUAAAGUCUUCUGGGAAUUUGUAUUGCAUGGGUUUCCCUUUCAACUUCGAGUUCCCAGUGAAAUUUUAUCUUCUUGCAUUCUAAAUAUCAGUGGAAUAGUUAAUGUUCUAGAUGGACUGCUGAACAUCAAGGAAUCUAGAGGAAUCAUUUGGGAGAAAACAGAUGUUAUCAGAUCAAUUCUUGAAUCAAUCUUGACAAUUAAGUGUGACAAGGUAUUUGAAAGCCUCAGCGGAAAAUGUGAAGCCAUUUACCAAAACUUGAGUGAGGUCUUCAUAGGGGUUGACUAUAGCAGCUUGUUCAUUAUGAAGCGCAUGGAAGAAUAUUUUCAAAGUGUCUAUAAAGGAAAAGAUGUUGAUAGCAGUAUCCACGAAUGUAUGGUUACAAAGAUGAUUGAUGUUGUUAACAGCCUGAGAAGAGAUCCUUCGAGAAUUGAUGUUUUCAAAUUUUUCCUCUAUGUGGAUGAUAUAUCUGAGAAGAUUAAGAAUCUUUAUGGUUCUCAACGAGGCGACAUACUGGUUUUGAUUGAUUCCCUAGGUUACUGCCAUUCAGAAUUUGUUAAUAUGAAGGUUCUCGACUUUUUUGUGGAUAUUUUAUCCGGGGACUUGUAUCCUGUUGUCAAAAUCAAGUUACAACAGAAAUUCCUUGGCAUGGCUCGUCCUUCCCUGUCAAAAUGGCUGGAAAUGAAAUUACUGGGAUCUGUAACAGAAGCACCCACUGGUGUUCAAUGUGCAAAGGGAACUUCAGUCUCUUUAAGAGACUCGACUAUGAAUUUCAUUAUGUGCCUUUUGUCACCCAAUUCUGAAUUCCCGUUGCACGAACUACAGAGUCAUAUAUUUGAAGCAUUGCUCCUUUCACUUGACAAUGCAUUUACUCUAUUUGAUUUUAGUGCUGCAAAAGGCUAUUAUAAUUUUGUUGUCCAACUCUCCAAGGGUGAAGCCUUAAUUAAGUUGCUUCUACAGCGAACUGAGAUGUUGAUAGUGAAACUGGCUGGGGAUGAACGUUCUCUUCAAGGACUGAAGUAUCUAUUUGGAUUUCUUUCAACAGCUUUAAAAGAUUGUGGGUUGACCCUGAACACAGUUGAAAUGUCUUCUGGAAAGCUGGGUUCAAGCAGUAGUUCUGCUUUGGGGUCUUUGACAUCUAGGUCCCUUGGUUCGAGAAAAAAUCCUGAUGCCUUAGUUUCGUCUGCUAAUCAAGGAGGGUCUAUGUCACUGGAUUGCGAUGCAACUUCUGUUGAUGAGGAUGAGGAUGAUGGGACAUCCGAUGGUGAGGUAGGUAGCAUGGACAAAGAAGACGAGGAGGAUAGCAACAGUGAGAGGGCCCUCGCAUCUAAAGUUUGCACAUUUACAUCCAGUGGCAGUAAUUUUAUGGAACAGCAUUGGUACUUCUGUUAUACAUGUGACCUGACUGUCUCCAAAGGCUGUUGCUCUGUGUGUGCUAAAGUUUGCCAUCGUGAUCACCGUGUUGUGUACUCGCGCUCUAGUCGUUUUUUCUGUGACUGUGGGGCCGGUGGGGUUCGAGGUAGCAGUUGUCAGUGCUUGAAACCUCGAAAAUUCACUGGAACUAGUAGUGCACCAAAUCGAGGUACUGGUAACUUCCAGUCUUUUCUGCCUCUAGCAGAUAAUGGUGAUCAGUUGCCUGAAAGUGAUACAGAUUUUGAUGAGGAUGCAUCAAUGGACCUGGAUAACGCUACCAGGUUAUCUAUCCCGAAGGAGGUUCAAGAUAGGAUGCCACUGUUGCUCAGGGAACUUGAGCUUGAAGAUUGUGUUUUGGGAGUUUGCUUGUCAUUGUUGCCUUGUAUUAUUGGUAGAAGAGACUCCAACCAUUCUAAAGACAAGAAAGUUUCUUUGACUGAAGACAAAGUCCUUCGUUACAACAAUGAUCUGUUACAAUUGAAGAAGGCCUACAAAAGUGGCUCGUUAGAUCUGAAGAUAAAAGCAGAUUAUUCAAAUGCGAAGGAACUGAAAUCUCAUUUGACAAGUGGUUCUCUUGUUAAAUCCUUACUUAGUGUCAGUUCCCGAGGUCGACUGGCAGUUGGAGAAGGCGAUAAAGUUGCCAUAUUUGAUGUAGGGCAGUUGAUUGGACAAGCCACAAUUGCUCCGGUGACGGCUGAUAAGGCUAAUGUGAAGCCUCUUUCUAAGAAUAUAGUUCGUUUUGAGAUUGUACACCUUCUUUUUAAUUCACUUGUAGAGAAUUAUCUUGUUGUAGCUGGAUAUGAAGAUUGCCAAGUUCUUACGCUGAAUAAUCGAGGUGAGGUGAUUGAUCGCUUGGCCAUUGAACUUGCUCUACAAGGUGCAUAUAUCAGAUGUGUGGAUUGGGUUCCAGGUUCUCAGGUUCAGCUAAUGGUGGUCACAAAUAGAUUCGUCAAAAUAUAUGAUCUAUCUCACGACAAUAUCAGUCCUAUGCACUAUUUCACGUUGCCUGAUGAUACAAUUGUGGAUGCAACUCUUUUUGUGGGUUCUAAGGGUAGGGUGUUUCUCAUAGUUCUCUCGGAGUUGGGCUGCUUAUACAGGUUAGAGUUGUCAAUGAAGGGAAAUGUUGGGGCGCAGCCUUUGAAGCAAAGCAUUCAAAUGGAUGGUGGAAACAAGCAUGAUAAGGGCUCCUCGCUAUAUUAUUCAUCUACUCACAAGUUGCUGUUUCUGUCCUAUCAAGAUGGGACUACUUUGGUCUGCCGGCUUAAUCCAGAUGCAACAUCAAUAGUGGAAAUGUCUGCUGUAUUUGAGAACGACCCCGAUGGAAAGCUUCGGCCAGCUGGGUUGAAUCGAUGGAAAGAGUUGCUGGGUGGCAGUGGCUUAUUUGUUUGCUAUUCUAGUGUGAAAUCGAAUGGUGUACUGGCUAUAUCUGUUGGGGAGCACGAAAUACUUGCACAAAAUUUGCGGCAUGCUGUAGGUUCAACCUCACCAUUGGUUGGGGUUUCUGCUUACAAGCCUUUGUCAAAAGACAAAGUCCACUGUCUUGUUUUGCAUGAUGAUGGAAGCCUUCAGAUUCACUCCCACAUCCCAGCUGGAAAUGACACUGGAACAAGCAUGAUGUCAGAUAAGGUUAAGAAAUUGCGUUCUGGUAUUCUUAAAAAUAAAGCUUAUGGAGGUGUAAAACCAGAAUUCCCACUUGACUUUUUUGAGAAAACUGUCUGUAUAACAUCAGAUGUUAAACUUAGUGGGGAUGCCAUCAGAAAUAAUGAUUCUGAAGGAGCUAAGCAAACUUUGGCAUCUGAAGAUGGGUUCUUAGAGAGUCCUACCUCCGCUGGAUUCAAGGUAACAGUCUCCAAUUCAAAUCCUGAUAUUGUCAUGGUUGGUUUUCGUGUGCAUGUUGGCAAUACUUCGGCCAGUCAUAUUCCUUCUGAAAUUACUAUUUUCCAAAGAGUGAUAAAAUUAGACGAGGGAAUGCGAUCCUGGUAUGAUGUUCCUUUCACAGUGGCCGAAUCACUUCUAGCUGAUGAAGAAUUCACAAUUUGUGUUGGUCGAACCUUCAGUGGAUCUGCGCCACCCAGAGUAGACUCAUUAGAAGUUUAUGGACGAGCAAAAGAUGAAUUUGGUUGGAAAGAGAAGAUGGAUGCAAUUCUAGACAUGGAAGCUCGUGUUCUCGGUUGUAAUUCAUGGGGUGCAGGAUCCGGGAGCAAGUGUCGAACUGUGCAAUCUGUUUCCUUGCAGGAGCAGGUGAUGGCUGAUAGCCUCAAGCUCCUGUCCCGGAUAUAUUUAUUGUGUAAGCCACAAGGGUGCUCAAAAGUCAAAGAAGUUAAAGCGGAGUUGAGUAGGCUCAAAUGCAAGCAAGUGCUGGAAACAAUAUUCGAAAGUGAUAGGGAGCCUUUGUUACAGGCUGCUGCUAGCCGUAUCCUGCAGGCUGUAUUUCCCAAAAGAGAUAUUUAUUACCAAGUUAAGGACACCAUGCGCCUUACUGGAGUGGUGAAAGCCACGGCCUUACUUUCUUCAAAAUUGGGAAUGGGAGAUACUACUGCAGGGUGGAUUAUUGAGGAGUUCACAGCACAGAUGCGCGCAGUUUCUAAGAUUGCACUGCAUCGUCGCUCAAACUUGGCUACUUUCCUUGAGAAUAAUGGUUCUGAAGUAGUUGAUGGACUUAUGCAAGUACUUUGGGGAAUUUUGGAAGUAGAGCAGCCAGAGGCACAAACAAUGAACAAUAUUGUCAUAUCAUCUGUGGAACUCAUCUAUUGUUACGCCGAGUGUUUGGCUUUGAGUGGAAAUGAUGCAGGAAAAAAAACUGUUACUCCUGCUGUUUUAUUAUUGAAAAAGCUUCUUUUUUCUACCAAUGAGGCUGUUCAAACUUCCAGCAGCUUGGCCAUAUCUUCAAGAUUGCUGCAGGUUCCCUUUCCAAAGCAGACUAUGUUAGGUGCAGAUGAUGUAACAGAGGGUGCAACUUCUGUUCCCAUGCGUGCCGAUCGUACAAGGACAGCUAGUGGAAAUAACCAGAUUAUGGUUGAAGAGGACUCAGUUACUUCAUCCAUUCAAUACUGUUGUGAUGGUUGCUCAACCGUUCCCAUACUGAGGCGUAGGUGGCACUGUACUGUUUGCCCCGAUUUUGAUUUAUGUGAGACAUGUUAUGAAGUGUUAGAUGCAGAUAGGCUUCCUCCCCCACAUUCUAGAGAUCAUCCUAUGACAGCAAUUCCAAUUGAAGUAGAGACGCUGGGUGGGGAUGGGAAUGAAAUUCACUUCUCCACUGAUGAAUUAAGUAACUCAAGUUUGCUGCCAGUUGCUGCUGACAUCAGCGUGCAGAAUUCUACUCCAUCAAUCCACGAGUUAGAGCCUAGUGAGUCUGGGGAGUUGUCAUCUUCAGUAAUCGACCCUGUUACCAUUUCUGCAUCCAAAAGGGCUGUCAAUUCAUUGCUCCUCUCUGAGCUCCUUGAACAGUUGAAAGGAUGGAUGCAGACCACCUCUGGCAUUCAGGCAAUCCCAAUUAUGCAGCUCUUCUACAGAUUGUCCUCUGCUAUUGGUGGACCUUUUGUGGAUGACACAGAGACUGAGGACACAAAUUUGGAGAAGUUAAUAAAAUGGUUUCUGGAUGAGAUAAAUUUGAACAAACCUUUUGUAUCCCAAAGUCGUUCAUCUUUCGGGGAAGUGGCUAUCCUUGUCUUCAUGUUCUUUACGCUUAUGCUGCGAAACUGGAACCAGACUGGUGGUGAUGUUACUGUGUUAAAAUCUAGUGGGUCUGGGGACACGCAAGACAAAACUACCAUCCAGAUGUCUGCUUCAUCUACACUGGACAGCCACGAGAAAAGCGAUUUUUUUUCUUAUCUACAUAGGGCUUGUGGAUCUCUCAGACAGCAGACUUUCAUUAAUUAUCUCAUGGACAUUUUGGAGCAGUUGGUUCAUGUUUUUAAGUCCUCUUCUGACAUUAAUGACACUUCUUAUGGGUUAAACCCUGGAUCUGGCUGUGGUGCGCUAUUAACAGUCCGGAGGGAGCUACCAGCUGGCAAUUUCUCACCAUUCUUUUCUGAUUCAUAUGCCAAAUCUCAUCGUACAGAUUUAUUUGCAGACUAUCAUAGACUGUUGCUGGAGAACACUUUUCGCCUGGUUUAUUGUUUAAUUCGACCAGAAAAGCACGACAAGGGUGGGGAGAAAGACAAGUCGUACAAGAUUUCUUCUGGCAAAGAUUUGAAGCUUGAUGGGUAUCAGGAUGCUCUCUGCAGUUAUAUCAACAACCCUUAUACAACAUUCGUGAGGAGAUACGCUAGGAGGUUGUUUCUGCAUCUAUGUGGUAGUAAGACACACUAUUACAGUGUUCGAGACAGUUGGCAGUUCUCAAGUGAAAUUAAAAAGCUCUACAAGCACAUAAACAAGUCGGGUGGAUUUCAAAAUACCAUUUCAUAUGAGAGAGGUGUCAAGAUUGUGAAAUGCCUCUCCACUGUAGCCGAAGUAGCUGCAGCACGACCUCGGAAUUGGCAGAAAUAUUGCUUGAAGCAUGGUGAUCUCUUGCCUUUUCUCAUGAGUGGAGUUUUUUCUUUUGGAGAAGAGUGCGUUGUUCAGGCUUUGAAACUUUUGAAUUUGGCUUUUUAUACUGGAAAGGAAAUGAGUCACUCUUUGCAGAAAGUUGAAGGAGGAGAUGCAGGUGUCGGCUCAAACAAGUUGGGGGUACAAUCCCUGGACUCAAAGAAAAAGAAGAAAGGAGAAGAUGGAAGUGAAUCUCUCAUGGAGAAGUCUUACAUGGAUAUGGAACCGGUAUUAAAUGUUUUUACUGACCGGUGCGGUGAUUGCUUAAGGCAAUUUAUUGACACAUUUUUGCUAGAAUGGAAUUCCAGCUCUGUGCGCGGAGAAGCCAAGUCCGUUCUGCUUGGGGCCUGGCAUCAUGGGAAACAUGGAUUCAAGGAAGAUAUGUUGACUGUCCUCUUGCAGAAAGUGAAAUGCUUACCAUUGUAUGGUCAAAAUAUUGUUGAAUAUAUGGAACUCAUCACCUCCUUACUCGGGAAGAUGCCAGAUAACAAUUCAAAACAACAGGAAAAUGAAAUUGUCGACAAAUGCUUGACCCCCGAUGUGAUUAGAUGCAUUUUUGAGACACUACACUUACAAAAUGAGCUUUUGGCCAAUCAUCCCAAUUCACGCAUAUACAACACCUUGAGUGGUUUGGUAGAAUUUGAUGGUUACUAUCUUGAGAGCGAACCUUGUGUUGCCUGCAGCUCUCCUGAGGUCCCAUAUAGCAGGAUGAAGCUAGAAAGUUUGAAGUCGGAAACAAAGUUCACUGAUAAUCGUAUUAUUGUGAAAUGCACUGGUAGCUACACCAUUCAGAGUGUGACCAUGAAUGUUCAUGAUGCUCGCAAGUCCAAAUCGGUAAAAGUUCUGAAUCUGUACUAUAACAACAGACCGGUCGCGGACUUGUCGGAGUUGAAAAAUAAUUGGUCACUUUGGAAGCGGGCAAAGGUUUGCCAUCUUGCUUUCAAUCAGACAGAGCUAAAAGUGGACUUCCCAAUUCCGAUAACGGCGUGUAACUUUAUGAUUGAGUUGGAUUCUUUCUAUGAAAAUCUUCAAGCAUUAUCCCUUGAACCAUUGCAGUGUCCACGUUGCAGUCGACCUGUCACUGACAAGCAUGGAAUUUGUGGCAACUGUCACGAGAAUGCUUAUCAGUGCAGGCAAUGCCGUAAUAUCAAUUACGAAAAUCUUGAUUCCUUUUUGUGCAAUGAGUGCGGGUACAGUAAAUAUGGUCGUUUUGAAUUUAAUUUUAUGGCUAAGCCAAGUUUUACUUUUGAUAGCAUGGAAAAUGACGAAGAUAUGAAAAGAGGAUUGGCUGCAAUAGAAUCUGAAUCAGAAAAUGCUCAUCGGCGAUACCAACAGCUUUUGGGAUUCAAGAAACCUUUGCUGAAGAUUGUGUCAAGCAUUGGUGAGAAUGAGAUGGACUCUCAGCAGAAGGAUUCUGUUCAGCAAAUGAUGGUCUCUCUGCCUGGCCCCUCCUGCAAGAUUAACCGUAAAAUUGCUCUUCUUGGUGUCCUUUAUGGUGAGAAAUGCAAGGCAGCUUUUGAUUCUGUGAGCAAAAGUGUUCAGACUCUUCAAGGUCUCAGACGAGUUUUGAUGAAUUAUUUGCAUCAGAAGCAAUCCAAUAAUGCAGUAACUGCCUCCAGAUUUGUUGUGUCAAGAUCUCCAAAUAGUUGCUAUGGGUGUGCUAUUACAUUCGUUACACAGUGUCUUGAGUUAUUACAAGUGCUAUCCAAACAUCCAAGCUCCAAGAGGCAACUUGUUGCUUCUGGCAUUUUACGUGAGUUGUUUGAAAACAAUAUACAUCAGGGACCAAAAACAGCCCGUGUCCAAGCCAGGGCAGCGCUCUGCGCUUUUUCUGAGGGGGAUGUGAAUGCUGUGGCAGAAUUGAAUAGCUUACUGCAAAAGAAGGUAAUCUACUGUCUUGAACAUCACCGGUCUGUGGACAUUGCUUUGGCAGUACGCGAAGAGUUGAUGGUGCUUUCAGAUGUGUGUUCUUUAACAGAUGAGUUUUGGGAGUCUAGGCUGAGAAUUGUCUUCCAGUUGUUAUUUAAAUCCAUUAAACUGGGUGGAAAACAUCCUGCUGUGUCUGAGCACGUUAUCCUUCCCUGUCUGAAGAUUAUAUCUCAGGCAUGUACUCCCCCAAAACCUGAUACAGUGGAUGAAGAGCCAGCGACCGGAAAGCCUGCUCCAGUUUCAAAUUUAAAAGAUGAAAACAACUCUAGUAUCUCUGGAUCUAGUGGGGUGAUCAAUGGAAGUAAGUCGUCAGAGCCACUAGAGAAGAGUUGGGGUGGUUAUCCAAAGACUCAAGAUAUUCAGUUACUAAACUAUUCUGAAUGGGAAAAAGGAGCUUCUUAUCUUGAUUUUGUUAGGCGACAAUACAAAGUUUCUACCGCAGUAAGAUGUGGCCAAAAGUCUCGGGCGCAGAGGAAUGAUUACCUGGCCAUGAAAUAUGCUCUCAGAUGGAAGCGGCGUGCUUGUAAGACAGCUCAAAGCGAGAUAAGAUCAUUUGAACUGGGAUCAUGGGUUACAGAACUCAUAUUGAGUGCUUGUUCACAGUCUAUAAGAUCUGAGAUGUGCAUGCUAGUGAGUCUGCUUUGUGGCCAGAGUUCAUUGAGACGGUUUCAGUUACUAAACUUGCUAAUGUCUUUGUUACCAGCCACUCUUUCCUCAGGUGAAAAUGCUGCAGAAUAUUUUGAAUUGCUCUUUAAAAUGAUUGAUUCGGAUGAUGCACGUCUUUUCUUGACUGUAAGAGGAUGCUUGAGCACCAUAUGUAAGCUAAUCACCCAGGAAGUGAAUAAUAUUGAAUCCUUGGAGAGGAGCCUCCGAAUUGAUAUCUCACAAGGUUUUAUUCUUCAUAAACUUAUAGAGCUCCUUGGUAAAUUUUUGGAGGUACCUAAUAUCAGAUCGAGAUUGAUGAGAGAACAAUUGUUAUCUGAGAUUCUUGAGGCACUUAUUGUGAUCAGGGGCUUAAUUGUUCAGAAGACGAAGCUCAUAAGUGAUUGUAAUCGACUUCUGAAAGAACUUCUUGACGGUCUUCUGCUCGAGAGCAAUGAAAAUAAAAGGAAGUUCAUCCAGGCAUGUAUAGGUGGCUUACAAAUUCAUGGAGAAGAGAGAAAAGGACGUAAUUCUUUGUUUAUCUUGGAGCAGCUCUGCAAUUUGAUUUGCCCAUCAAAACCAGAGCCUGUAUAUCUUUUGAUAUUGAACAAGGCGCACACACAGGAGGAAUUUAUUAGGGGAUCAAUGACCAAGAAUCCAUACUCAAGUGCUGAGAUCGGUCCACUCAUGCGUGAUGUCAAAAAUAAAAUUUGCCACCAGUUGGAUAUGUUAGGUCUCCUUGAAGAUGACUAUGGCAUGGAACUGCUAGUUGCUGGAAAUAUCAUCUCCCUCGAUUUGAGUAUUGGUCAAGUUUAUGAGCAAGUUUGGAAGAAGUCAAACGGUCAAUCUUCAAAUACAUCAGCUGGGACAGCGUUCCCAUCCACUAAUACAGUCACAUCUACCAGAGAAUGUCCUCCAAUGACAGUGACUUACCGCCUUCAGGGAUUGGAUGGUGAAGCUACAGAGCCGAUGAUCAAAGAAUUGGAUGAGGAUAGAGAGGAAUCCCAAGACCCUGAGGUUGAAUUUGCAAUUGCAGGUGCUGUCCGAGAAUGUGGGGGACUUGAAAUUCUGUUGAGCAUGGUUCAGCGCCUGCGAGAUGAUUUGAAGUCCAACCAAGAGCACUUGGUCGCUGUGCUUAACCUGUUAAUGCUUUGUUGCAAAAUAAGGGAAAACAGAAGAGCAUUGUUGAGAUUGGGAGCCUUAGGUCUACUCCUUGAAACUGCAAGGCGUGCCUUCUCUGUUGAUGCAAUGGAGCCAGCCGAGGGUAUUCUCUUGAUUGUGGAGUCUUUAACACUGGAAGCAAAUGAGAGUGAUAAUAUUAACAUCACGCCAGGGGUUACAGUCGCUACUGAAGAUACAGGCUUUAAAUCUAGUGCAGAAUGGACAUCUGGGUUGAAAAUGCCUUCUGUUCCACUUAUACUUUCAAUGCUUAGGGGGCUGUCCAUGGGUCACUUGGCCACUCAAAGGUGUAUUGACGAAGAAGGAAUUUUACCUUUGCUCCAUGCUUUGGAGGGAGUUUCUGGUGAAAAUGAGAUUGGGGCAAGGGCUGAAAAUUUGUUGGACACUCUUAGUGACAAGGAUGGAAACGGUGAUAGUUUCCUGGCAGAGAAAGUGCUCCAGUUACGACAUGCUACUCGCGAUGAGAUGAGGCGUCGAGCUCUAAGGAAACGAGAGGAGUUGCUUCAGGGACUUGGUAUGCGUCAAGAACUGGAUUCAGGUGGUGGUGAACGAAUUGUAGUUGCUCAUCCUGUCCUCGAAGGUUUUGAAGAUGUUGAGGAGGAAGAUGGUCUAGCUUGCAUGGUUUGCAGAGAGGGCUACCGGUUGCGACCUAAUGAUUUAUUGGGUGUAUACACUUACAGUAAGCGGGUGAACCUGGGCAUUGGAACUUCAGGAAAUACUCGUGGAGAUUGUGUUUACACGACUGUGAGUCAUUUCAAUAUCAUACAUUUCCAGUGCCAUCAAGAGGCUAAAAGGGCAGAUGCUGCCCUUAAGAAUCCAAAGAAGGAAUGGGAUGGAGCAGCCCUCAGAAACAAUGAGACACUCUGUAAUAAUUUAUUUCCAUUGAGAGGUCCAUCUGUUCCUAUCGGACAAUACAUAAGAUAUGUUGACCAAUAUUGGGAUUAUCUUAAUGCUCUUGGACGUGCCGAUGGAAGCAGACUCCGGUUAUUGACGAAUGACAUUGUUUUGAUGCUAGCUCGUUUUGCCACUGGCGCAUCAUUCAGUGCAGAUAGUAGAGGUGGCGGUAAGGAAAGCAACUCCAAAUUUUUACCUUUCAUGAUACAGAUGGCAUGGCACCUUUUGGAUCACGACUCUUCCCAGCGGCAAAACAUGGCUAAAUCUAUCAAUACCUAUCUGUCUUCGCCUACAUCAGAAUCCAAAAUCUCUUCUCCUGGUACCCAGCCAUCCAGUGGGACAGAGGAAACUGUUCAAUUCAUGAUGGUGAGCUCACUACUGUCAGAAUCAUACGAGUCUUGGUUGCAACAUCGACGUGCUUUCCUACAGUGUGGAAUACACCAUGGAUACAUGCAGCGUCAUGGACGCUCGAUGCAUCGCUCCUCACUGAAAUCAGAUACGAGCGCAAGCAGCCUCUCAGCAGAAAGUGGAGGAUCUAAUGAGUUAUUUUCCACCAUUCAACCGAUGCUUGUUUAUACUGGCUUGAUUGAGCAGCUGCAGUAUUUCUUCAAAGUUGGAAAAUCUUCUGGUUUAGACAAUGCCCAAACACAAGGGACGACCUCCAAGGAAGCAGAAGGGGAAGAUGAAAGUAGACAAUUGGAAGCUUGGGAGUUGACGAUGAAAGAGAAACUAUUAAAUGUGAAAGAAAUGGUGGCUUUCUCCAAGGAGUUGCUGACGUGGCUCGAUGAUAUGACUUCUGCGACGGAUUUACAGGAGGCAUUUGACAUAAUCGGUUCUUUAUCCGAUGUAUUAAGUGGUGGCUUUACUCAAUGCGAGGAUUUUGUUCACGCUGCUAUUAAUGGUGGGAAAAGCUGA